AUGAGUGAAUCAAUAUCUGAGGACAAACAAAAAAUUUCUUAUGUGAUAUAUGGUGCAAGGACUUACAUGUUUAGAAUUGAUGAUAAGCGAGUCAUAGAUGCUACAAGGGCAGGAAGCAUCGCCCACCUGAUUAAUCAUUCCUGUGUGCCCAAUUGCUAUUCAAGAGUCAUUACUGUUAAUGGAGAGGAGCACAUUAUCAUUUUCGCAAAGAGGGAUAUCCCUAAGUGGGAAGAGCUGACCUAUGACUAUAGGUUCUUUUCAAUUGGUGAGCGCCUUUCAUGUUCAUGUGGUUUCCAAGGGUGUCGAGGUGUUGUGAAUGAUACAGAAGCUGAAGAACAACAGUCAAAAAUCUAUACAAGUGGUAACAAUCAUCCUUUAUAA